UGCCGAAUCAGGUAAAAGCCAAAGCCCAAAGCGAGUUAGAGAAGAAAGGCAGCCAACUGUUGCCGCCACAGUGAGUGGGAAUUAGAAAGUAAUUUAGAGCGGUAAUUUAGUUUUCGCCACAAUCAUGGACCUGAAACAACGCACAUACCUCCUGGUGACCGGGGCUUCCCGUGGAAUUGGCCGAGAGUUCGCCCAGCAGCUGGCCAAGCGCUUUAAAGCCGAGGGAUCCGUGGUGACGCUUCUGGGACGCAACCAGGCCCUCUUGGCGGAGACCAAGGCGGAGAUUGUGGCCACAGUGCCAAGUCUGCCCGUGCACACCUACUCGCUGGAGCUGGAAACGGCCACAGCGGAGGACUUCAGCAAGAUUCUGGAGGCUUCCGGUGGCGGGAGCAGCAGUUUCGAGCGAGCCAUUGUCAUCCACAAUGCCGGCACAGUGGGUGACACGUCCAAGAGGGCCAAGGAGAUCGGGGAUACGGACUUCCUGCAGAGCUAUUACCACUCAAAUGUCUUCUCCGCCAUUUCGCUGAACUGCGAGUUCAUGCGCGUCUUCCAGGCAAUCCCAAAGUUGGUGGUCAAUCUCAGCACCUUGGCUGCCAUUGCUCCCAUAUCCUCGAUGGCUCACUACUGCACAGUGAAAGCAGCCCGUGAGAUGUACUUCCGGGUGCUGGCCACCGAGGAGUCCGCCGACGACACCCUGGUGCUCAACUACGCGCCCGGCGUCAUUGACACCCAGAUGACCGUUCAGGUGCAGCGAGAGGCCCACGAUCCCGCCGUGGUCGCCAUGUUCCGGGAGCAAAGGGAGUCCAAGACCAUGCUGACACCCGCCCAGACGACGGAGCGGUUCAUCAAGGUCCUGGAGGCGCUCAAGUUCAAGUCCGGCGAUCAUGUGGACUACAGGGAUGAGAAGUUCUAGCUUGUUAAUCAGUAUGUUAUUAUCUGUGGUAAUGGGGCUUAUGUAUUAAAACAUUAAAAUGAUAAAAUAAUCAAA